AUGGAUCCUAGUCGCUAUGGCCUUCAGCAAGGAUGGGAAAGUAACAACGCCUUGGAGGGUUAUGGUCCAGUCCAUGAGCCGAAUUUCCGGGUCAGUGGUUCAUAUGAUGAUAGGAGGUUUAUAGAUGAAAGAGUGUCGAGGGACAAUGUUUACUCAAGAAAUGCCUUUCACCGAGACUUAUUGGAAAGGGAAGAUUAUCCACCAUCAUCAGCUGCCCUCUGGCCUCAAACAAGGAGGAGAUCUUAUGAGGAUGAUUAUGCCCUGGAGAGGGAUUCUAGAAGGCACGAUAAGCCGUACCCUGAUUCAUAUCAUGAAAUGGAUUCUCGCCAUGUUGACCACUACCGUGAAUCUGGAUUUGUUAGGUCUUCUCGGCAUGCUGGACGUGAUCGUGAUGAUUGCUCGUAUGAUGAUUAUGAAUAUACAUCUCGUUAUCAUCAAGGCAGAGAGGAUAGUCGGGAAAGAGAUUACGAUUAUGGUCGGCACAGUUACGAUUCUGAUUAUGAACGUAGCAGUAGAAGAGAUGGCAGCUGGCGAAGGCGUAAUUCACGCGAUCGUGAACGCGAAAAAAGAGAUUUGAGCUAUGAAAGGGAUGACAGUCCUUAUCGGAGGCAUGAGCGUUCUCGGUCACGAUCUCAUGGUAGGGAAGUAGUAAGGUCACGAUCACCUAGAGGUCGAAGCUAUAGGGAGGACAGUUAUGAUGACAAUCGGUACGAGAGAAGUGAUAGGCGACGGGAUCGUGAUGAUAAACGUCAAAAUGAUCACUUCUCUGUGGUUCCAUCAGCCACUGUGGUUGUGAAGGGUCUCUCUCAGAAGACGACAGAGGAAGAUCUAUAUCAGAUUCUUGCUGAAUGGGGACCUCUUCGCCAUGUCCGUGUAAUCAAAGAACGAAAUUCUGGUGUCUCUCGUGGGUUUGCUUUUAUAGACUUUCCCACUGUGGGUGCCGCUGAAGAAAUGAUGGACAAGCUUGGAGAGGAAGGCCUUGUGGUGGAUGGGAGAAAGCUUUUCUUUGAAUAUAGUAGUAAGCCAACAGGGGGAGCAGGUGGGCCUCAUGGAAUUGAAAAUCCAUCACGAUCAGGUCAUGGUAGCCAUCGGAGUAUGACAAUACCUUCAGACUGGAUGUGCACUAUAUGCGGGUGUGUGAAUUUUGCACGUCGGACCUCAUGCUUUCAGUGUAAUGAAAAGAGAACAGAUGAUGCUCCCCCAGCUGAUAUGACAUCAUCAAAUCCCACCCCUCUGGGUAAAAGAGGUGAAGCAGGCCCGACCCAUGUUUUGGUUGUCCGUGGACUGGAUGAAAAUGCUGAUGAGGAAAUGCUUCGAUACGAAUUUGCAAAACAUGCUCCCAUAAAGGAUCUUCGGCUUGUUAGGGACAAAUUUACGCAUGUUUCUAGGGGGUUUGCUUUUAUACAUUUUUAUACGGUUGACGAUGCUACCAAGGCCCUUGAAGCAACAAACGGUACUACACUGGAGAAGAAUGGACAAAUUCUUCGAGUUGCAUAUGCAAAAAGUAUUCUUGGAUCAGGGUCGGGGGCUUCUGGAGGUUCUCAGUCAAGCAGUCUUGCGGCUGCUGCCAUUGAAGCGGCAACCUUUGCACAACAAUAUGAUGCUGUUGGAUGGGCCCCAAAGGAGUACAAUCCUGACGAUAAGCAGGCUUCUAGUGUGCAAGAGCAGGGAGGUGGAGUUGCUGCUCAAAGUGAUGCACAAGCUCCCCAAUCUGGUUUCGUGUGGGAUGAAGCCUCGGGUUACUAUUACGAUGCUGCUUCGGGUUUCUAUUAUGAUGGGAAUACAGGUCUAUAUUAUGAUGGAAACAGUGGAACUUGGUACUCCUAUGAUAUUCAGACUCAGCAAUAUGUGCCUUGCACUGAGCAAAAUGACAAAAGCUCCGAGAAGCAAUCUGCAAAUGUGAGAACGAAUGAUGGUUCGAGUAAUAGGAAAGCAGUAAUAUCUGCCCCUGCCGCCACAAUAAGUUCUGAGAAAGCUGCUUCACUACCAGAUGCUAUUCAGGCUGCUGCAAGUGCUGCAAUAGCUGCUGAGAAGAAAGAGAAAGAGAAGGCUAAAGAAAUAAGACUUGCUUCCAAAAGCAGUAUCCUGGCUAACAAAAAGAAGAUGAAUAAUGUGUUGACAAUGUGGAAACAAAGAAGCCAUGAAGGUCAAGCACCACGAGUAGCUCUUGAUGAAAAUUUAUCUACUGUGUCCAUGGAAGAUCGAUCCAACACUGGUGGAUUAUCUAUGAGGAAUAAAUUGAAAUUGGAGGCAGCUGUUUCCAGGGACACUAUCACAGCAACUUCAGGAUUGGCCACGAACUCCACAGUUCAGACAACGGGAGAGUCGGAUGAUAGGUCAUGGCUGGCGAGUAACAACUCUGGUGGAACUCUUAAAGGUGUUAUUAGGGGAUCAGGCUUGGGUAUUAUCAAAACAGAUACCGUCUCUACAGGAUCUUCAAUCAGUGAUUCUACCAGUUUGCAUGCUUCCGUGCCUGGUUCGGCUUCUUCUACAUCUGCGUAUGUGGAUGCUUCUACUGCAACGCCGUUUAGAACUGAUGCAUCGGCUUUGGGUUCUUACGCUCCUGCUGUGACUACUAGCAGUGGUAGGAGAAGGUUUUCCGAGAUGCCACAGCAAGCGUCUAUUCCAAAUAAGGAGCAACCUCAUAGUGUCUACAGGGAUCGUGCUGCAGAGCGACGAAACUUAUAUGGUUCAUCGUCGUUUGGGGAUGAUCUUUCACAGCUUGGGACUGUAGAUUCAAAUCGAGAUGCGACAUUGAGAAGGGGUUCUUUAGAUUCAAUGCCCUUUCCUCCAGGCGUCGGGGGUGGACGUGGUGUGGUAGACGCUAGUAGUCAAAGUUAUGAUGUGAUAACUGCUGACAGGGCAAUUGAUGAGAAAAAUGUCGGAAAUAGGAUGCUUCGGAGCAUGGGCUGGAACGAGGGCUCGGGACUUGGUAAGGAUGGGAGUGGUAUAGUGGAACCUGUUCUAGCGCAAUCUAUGGAUGGUAGAAGUGGCCUAGGAAGUCAACCAAAGAAGGUGGAUCCAACCCUUGAGGUGCAGGCCGGAGACAGCUACAAAACACUAAUUCAGAAGAAGGCAAUUGCGAGGUUUCGGGAGAUGUCAUAG